AUGCUCACCGGGGCCUCCAUCGUCAAGCGCGAGCUUGUGCGCAACCUGCUCUCCGCUACGCAGCAGCUACAGCCGUGCGGCGUCGACCUCUCCCUACGGCGCGUCCUCCGGUGGACAUCGCCGGCCACCGUGGACUUCGACAACGCGCGCCGCCAGGCCGCCGCCACAGCCGAGCUCCCCUUCCGCGACCAGGGGGCCGGUACUGGCACCGGCUCCGUCGCUCUGGCGCAGGGCGCCUAUCUCGUCGAGUUCAACGAGACGGUCCAUGUGCCGCUCGACUGCAUGGGCCAAGUCUUUGUGCGGUCGUCGCUGUGGCGCUCGGGCGCGCUGCUCACGGCCGGCGUCGUUGAUGCCGGGUACGAGGGAGCUCUGGGCGCCCUCCUUGACAUCCGGAACCCAAUGGGCAUCGUGCUGUGGCGCAACGCCAAGCUGGGACAGAUCACCAUGCACAGACUCGAGGACAAGGUUGCAGGCUACCGCGGCAUCUACCAAUUCUCGGCGAGCACCAUCGGCCGAGAUGGAGCAACUACGCCUGCUUCCGGCCCAAAGACUUGA